UUCACUAACAGAUCGCCCUGCCUGAGUUUGCAGCUGAGUGGGCCACAGCACAGCAGCUCUAUUAUAUAACUUUAAUGCACUCACGGCUUUUCAACGGCGAAUAGAGGUGAUCGUUGCACCGCAGAUUUUAGCGAUUCGUUAUGGAUUAAUCCUGAAGAUCGGACGAGACUGACUUUUAUUUCUGUUUCUUCCCCCCUGCUGCUGACGACGCGCAUUAAAAGUUCUCGACGGAUCCAAGAAGCGGCGCACAGCGACGGUGCUGGUCUUCUGUUGGAAAUAUCGCGCAGAAUGUUUUGCUGUCACACAAACAGAGACGCCGCUACACGUUCUGGUAUUUCUGCGCAAGAAGUGGGUUUUGUUUUACAUCCUGAAUAUAGGUGGACACUUCGUUAAUUCUCGCAUGCUUAUUUCUGAAACAACUUGCCCUGAUGACCUAGUUGGUGGAGUUUUCCCUCAGUACAGUAUGACGAGAUGGAUCGCGGUGGACCAAAGCACAAUGGUAAUCGUAACGACAGCCUUACAUUUGCGGGGAUCGGAUCAGAAGUAGACAAAGAUACAGUCAGCACGGCCAGUUUACUGGUCGAAUCCGCAAUGCAUCUGCCCGGUCCUGGGUCUAUGAACCAGAGCAUACUGGCACCAAAUGGACGAGGGGGAACCAAAGACCAGCAGGAGCUUGGAGGCCUCUUUGAGUCAGACAAGGAGGGCAAAAUUAGCAGAAUGCACAAACAAGAGCAGGAUAUAUUCAGCCAUGGGGACAGCGUGCCAUUGUUGAACCAGAGUAUUUCUGAUCUUGACCAGAUGUCCACCUCUGUCAUUAACACGUCAGAAAUCUCUGUCCUGGGCAACCUCCCUUUGCCAGACCUGUUCCCCCAGCAAAUUAAGCAAGAGAGGAUUUUCUCCCCGGAUAAGGAAUUAGGAAAUUACAGUGGACAAAGAGGCACUGUUGCUUGUAAUUUGGAUAGCAGCAGUGCUCAGCUAAUCGAUGAUGCAGAUAUCUGGCAAGACCUGGACCUUUCGAACUCUCUGCCAGAAAUCAAUGCUUUUGAAUUGGAUUCUGAGGUGGCCCAUUUGGAUACCAUCCUGCAAGAGAGUGGCAACGGUAGUGGCGGUCCUGAAAAGUCCCUCUUGGGUAAUGGGGCCAGCUGUAUCGGUUUGAAUGGCACAGAGCAGCAGCAGCCUCCACACCACCUGGUACAGCACCAGCAACACCAGUUUCAGCAGCAGCCUUCGACAAUGCUUUCCAGCAUUGUCAUCAAGGAGGAGAAGGAUCCUGACUUCAUCCACAUCCGUACUCCAGGUGUGGUCAAACAGGAGAAGCAGGAUGGUGCCAGUUACUGUCAGUCCCAGUGUCUGCAGAGCGGCAUGAGCCCUCUACAUGGAGUGGGAACCUUGCCAUCUCCCUUGGGUGUUAGUGCUGGAACUGGGUACCACUACAGAGCCAAUCCUGGUACACCGGGUUUGCAAGACCAGAAGGCAUUUGGGGCAUACUCAAACCUGCCAGGAGCCGGGGAAAGCUGGAUAGGCGGGAAGAGGUAUGGAGACUCCUCUGGGAUUCCGAGCACCAGUGAUGGCCUUCCGUCUGCUGCAACUUUGGGGAGUUUUCCUGUCAGCUUUACAAGGUAUGAAUUAAGCUCAUCACCCAGAACAGGAGAAAACAACAGCACUGCAGUGACAGGCCAGUCCAAACCCGGUGGGCAAGCUCAUAAGAUAUGUCUGGUGUGCUCGGACGAGGCAUCAGGAUGCCAUUAUGGGGUGGUAACCUGUGGCAGCUGCAAAGUGUUCUUCAAGAGGGCCGUUGAAGGAUGGAGAGCACGGCAAAACACAGAUGGUCAGCACAACUACCUGUGCGCGGGAAGAAACGACUGCAUCAUUGAUAAGAUCCGCAGGAAGAACUGUCCAGCCUGCCGCUUCAGGAAAUGUCUCCAGGCUGGAAUGAAUCUGGAAGCCAGGAAAAACAAGAAGCUUAUCAAGAUGAAAGUGCAACAGCCAGCCAGGCCCUCAGAACCUGCCAGCAACAUGCCCGUUGCCAUCAUACCCAGAAGCAUGCCCCAGCUCGUUCCUACCAUGCUGUCUGUUCUGAAGGCCAUCGAGCCGGAGAUAGUCUACUCGGGCUACGACAGCACGCUACCGGACACCUCAUCACGUCUCAUGAGCACCCUCAACAGAUUGGGAGGUCAACAGGUCAUCUCUGCCGUCAAAUGGGCCAAGUCGCUGCCAGGCUUCCGUAACCUGCACCUUGAUGACCAGAUGACGUUGCUGCAGUGCUCCUGGCUCUUCCUCAUGUCCUUCAGCCUUGGUUGGAGGUCCUUUGAACAGUGUGACGGCACAAUGCUCUGCUUUGCCCCAGAUCUCGUCAUAAAUGAAGAGCGCAUGAAGCUGCCUUUAAUGGGCGACCAGUGCGAGCAGAUGCUGAAGAUCUGCAAUGAGUUUGUCCGACUGCAGGUGUCCUAUGAUGAGUACCUCUGCAUGAAGGUCCUGUUACUGCUCAGUACAGUACCAAAAGAAGGCCUGAAGAGCCAGGCGGUUUUUGAUGAGAUCAGGAUGACGUACAUCAAGGAGCUGGGGAAGGCCAUCGUCAAGCGAGAGGAGAACGCCAGCCAGAACUGGCAGCGGUUCUACCAGCUAACUAAGCUACUGGACUCCAUGCAGGAGAGUCUGCUUCAUAUAAGCUAAUUGGUGGGGUUACUGCUUGAAUAAUGUAAUAACAGGCCAAAAGUAAGAAAACUUCCACAAAAAAGUUACUUAAUUAAUUUCAGUUUUUUAUUCCUUUUUUUUUUGCAGCACUAAUGGCCUUGAUUUUCGUUGGGUUUUUUUCUGAAGUAGACAGACAAGAAGUGGGGUUGAGAGAGGGGGAAAGACACUCUGCGCAACCCUCUGGGGUCAGAGGUCGCAGCUGGAACCCGGGCGGCGGUGCCGAAGACUAAGGCCUCCUCACAAAGGUCGCGUGCUAUGUCACGAGCUGCGCCCCCCUUUUUAUCUCUUUUUUUAAUGAGUGUCUCUUCUUUAAUAACAGCAUCUUUGGAUUUUGGUACCUUCUAACCAAUUUUUGUAUGAAACACAGUCAAGAUAAAUUUCACAGCUUCUCAUACCUGAAUCCAAUCUGACCAUGCAUUGAUUUCAGGAUAAAUUUAAUUUAACUGGAUUAAAGAGUUAUUGUAGGUUAAAAAAUAGAUUUUUACCACUUUUUGAAAUAUGCUACAAUACGUAUUUCAAGAUUAACUGUAGUUAUGAAAACUUUAUGUAUUUCAUUAAGCAUAGGGUAAAAAAACUUAGCUUUUGGAUUCACAUUCUUGACAUAUUUCUAACGUCUUUUUUUAAAUGGGUGGUUUAUGUUCCUUUUAAAUCUACCAAAACCCCUUGUAGCUCAUCUGAAAUCCUGUUCCUUACAGCACACCUUAUGUUAACCUGCGGCUGCUUUGAAAAUAAUCCAGCUAUAUGAAAACGGCUUCACAGAAAUAUUCUUAUUGAACUCUCCGUCUCAUUCCAGAUGGUUGAGGGUCUCCUGCAGAUCUGCUACUACACCUUCGUCAAUAAGACCCUCAGCGUGGAAUUCCCAGAGAUGCUGACGGAGAUCAUCACCAACCAGAUACCAAAAUUCAAAGACGGGAGCGUCAAACCUCUGCUGU